AUGAUAUACGAUGACACGACGAAGAAAUGGAUUCCCUCUGGUACUUCUUCGGGUUUAUCAAAAGUUCAGAUUUAUCAUCACACCGUGAACAAUACCUUUCGAGUCGUCGGAAGAAAACUUCACGACCACGAAGUCGUCAUUAACUGCGCCAUAUCCAAAGGUUUGAAAUAUAAUCAGGCGACGGCAACGUUUCACCAGUGGCGAGACAGCAAACAAGUUUACGGAUUAAAUUUUAGCAGUAAAGAAGAUGCCGAUGCCUUUGCUAAAGCCAUGUUUUUAUCCUUAGAUACUCUUAGUAAUAUCAUAAAUCGCAUGCCGGCUGCUGCUCCGGCUCCAGUUAUUUCAAUUAACCAACAAGUUUACUACACAAACGCAUAUAAUGUCAACGGUCAAACUAACGAAGAGGAAGUCGAAUACAGCAGGAUGAAUCAAAGAGAUGAAGUACCCUGCAUGGAGCGACGCGUGUCACAAGCUCAAUUAAUUGAAAGUCCGAAUGCCGCUGUGGGAUCUCAGGGUUCGCAGGGACAUCAUCGUACAUCGUCGGCACCUCCCGCUCCGCAACCACCUCAGCUAACACCUUUAGCUUCUCCUUGUCAACCUGUCGGAGCUCCGCCGGCACCCCCUGCACCACCAGUUUGGGGAGGAGGAGGAGGAGGGAUUAAUAAUGUUCCUUCGGUACAACCAGCUCAGGUUCAAAGCGCUCCUCCUCCACCCCCGCCACCUCCUAAUAUGCCAAGAUCGUCAUCAUCCGACGGACACGAUAGUAAUUCUUUAGCUGCUCAAAUUCAAUCUGCCAGAUUACGAAGAAUUAAUAAUAAUGGAUCGAAUACUCUUGGAAGCACCACCAAGCAAUCCGCCGAAAACAGUGGUUCAAGUACAAGCAGCGGUGGAAGUAAUUACGGGACUUUAGGACGUGGCGGAAUGGGUUCUAUGGCUAGUAUGAUGGACGAAAUGGCGAAAACAUUGGCUCGGCGAAGGGCCGCCGCGGAAAAGAAGGAUCUCAACGAUGAGGAAACUGGAAAUUCUCAUCAAGAAAAAAAAGUAAUAAACGAAAACAAAGUAGAUAUUAAACUAACAAAUUUCGGAAGUAGCACCGGAGACGAAUCGCCGAAAUCUAUAAAGAAAAAAUUCGGACCUGAUGCGACGUCAGACGAAUAUUCAAACAAAGCGAACGUGAACGGUUUGUGCGAGGAAUUGAACAACGUCGGAAUAUCAUCUCAAGAUCUCGAAUUGUUCAAACAAGAAAUAUUGAAAGAAAUUAGACGAGAAUUUCAAAAAAUGAAAAUGGAAAUCAUAGACGGCAGUGGUUCAUUGGUUGCGCAUGCAGGUGUGUUGUCUCAACCGCGUUGA